CGGGAGGCGCCGCUCUCUCUCGGGUCAGACUCUCUCCUCCCGGCUCCCCAGCUCCCCGGCUGGCUCCCAGGCUCCCGGGCUCCCGGGCUCCCAGGCUCCCCGCGCCCAGCGGCGCCGGAGCUCUUCCUCUCCGCCUAGGCAAGGCGGGCGGGCGGGCGGCAGGCCGCAGGAGGCGGUGUCGUGGAAUCCGCUGGCAGUCCGCAGCCCCGCAGAGCCUGGAGGCCGCCCUGAUGGAGCCGCGGCUCCCGAUCGGAGCUCAGCCCCUGGCAAUGGUGGCGGGUUUGGAGAUGAAGGGUCCUCUCCGGGAGCCCUGCGUCCUGACCCUAGCCCGGAGGAACGGGCAAUAUGAGUUAAUAAUCCAGUUGCAUGGGAAGGAACAGCAUGUUCAAGAUAUCAUUCCUAUAAAUAGCCACUUCAGAUGUGUUCAAGAAGCAGAAGAAACUCUUUUGAUUGAUAUUGCUUCAAACAGUGGCUGCAAAAUUCGGGUACAGGGAGACUGGACCAGAGAGCGCCACUUUGAAAUUCCUGAUGAAGAACGCUGUUUGAAGUUCCUCUCAGAGGUCCUUGCUGCUCAGGAAGCUCAGUCACAGCUUCUUGUUCCAGAACAAAAAGACUCAUCUAACUGGUACCAGAAAUUAGACACUAAGGAUAAACCUGCUUAUUCAGGACUGCUUGGAUUUGAAGAUAAUUUUUCAUCUAUGAAUUUAGAUAAAAAAAUGAAUACACAAAAUCCCCCCACAGGGAUUCAUCGGGAACCACCCCCUCCACCUUCUUCAAAUAGAAUGCUUCCACGUGAAAAGGAAGCUUUAAACAAAGAACAGCCCAAAGUGACCAAUACCAUGCGGAAGCUGUUCGCACCAAACAGCCAAUCUGGCCAGCGAGAGGGUCUCAUCAAACACAUCCUUGCAAAGCGAGAGAAAGAGUAUGUCAACAUCCAGUCUUUCAGAUUUUUUGUUGGAACUUGGAAUGUGAAUGGCCAGUCUCCAGACAGCAGCUUAGAACCUUGGCUGAACUGUGAUCCAAAUCCUCCUGAUAUUUACUGCAUUGGAUUCCAAGAGCUGGACUUGAGCACAGAAGCCUUUUUCUACUUUGAGUCUGUAAAAGAGCAAGAAUGGGCCAUGGCUGUGGAAAGGGGUCUGCCUUCGAAGGCCAAGUAUAAAAAGGUUCAACUGGUCCGCCUUGUGGGGAUGAUGCUUCUCGUAUUUGCCAAAAAAGAUCAGUGUCAAUAUAUCCGAGAUAUUGCUACAGAAACAGUCGGAACAGGAAUCAUGGGGAAAAUGGGAAACAAAGGUGGAGUAGCUAUGAGAUUUGUGUUCCACAACACCACUUUCUGCAUUGUCAAUUCCCACCUGGCUGCCCACGUGGAAGAGUUUGAACGAAGGAACCAGGAUUAUAAAGACAUCUGUGCGAGAAUGAGCUUUUCAGUCCCCAAUCAGACUCUCCCACAAGUGAACAUCAUGAAGCAUGAUGUUGUCAUUUGGUUGGGAGACUUGAACUACAGACUUUGCAUGCCUGAUGCCAAUGAGGUGAAAAGUCUUAUUAAUAAAAAUGAGCUUCAGAAGCUGUUGAAAUUCGACCAGUUAAACAUUCAGCGCACACAGAAAAAAGCUUUUGUGGAUUUCAAUGAAGGGGAAAUCAAGUUUAUUCCCACUUACAAGUAUGAUUCUAAAACUGACAGAUGGGAUUCCAGUGGGAAAUGCCGAGUCCCAGCCUGGUGUGACCGAAUUCUUUGGAGAGGAAUAAAUGUUAAUCAACUUCAUUACCGGAGUCACAUGGAACUCAAAACUAGUGACCACAAACCUGUUAGCGCCCUGUUCCAUAUUGGGGUGAAGGUUGUAGAUGAACGGCGGUAUCGGAAGGUCUUUGAAGAUAUUGUACGCAUUAUGGACAGAAUGGAAAAUGACUUCCUUCCUUCAUUAGACCUUAGCAGGAGAGAGUUUAUGUUUGAGAAUGUGAAGUUUCGGCAGCUGCAAAAGGAGAAGUUCCAGAUCAGCAACAAUGGACAGGUUCCCUGCCAUUUUUCUUUCAUCCCUAAGCUUAAUGACACCCAAUACUGCAAGCCAUGGCUUCGAGCUGAACCUUUUGAGGGCUACUUGGAGCCAAACGAGACAAUAGACAUUUCCCUUGAUGUAUACGUCAGCAAAGACUCUGUAACCAUCCUGAACUCUGGUGAAGAUAAGAUUGAAGAUAUUCUUGUCCUCCAUUUGGAUCGAGGAAAAGAUUACUUCUUGACCAUCAGUGGGAAUUACCUUCCAAGUUGCUUUGGAACCUCAUUGGAGGCUUUGUGCCGAAUGAAAAGACCAAUCCGAGAAGUUCCUGUCACCAAACUCAUAGACUUGAAAGCAAACAAGUAGGCAAAUAAAAACACCAGAAUGUUUUAAAGGAGAAAGAAAACAAGAACACACACAAACAAAAACCAUAAAACACAAGAUGGGAAAUCAUAACAUCCAGGUAAAAGACCGGUGGGAUAAAGAAAAUGCUCAAAGCAGUAUGAGACAAAAGACUCAUUUUUAUCGUGUUUAUCAAAGCAGUCUGAGACAAAAGGUGUAUUUUUAUCGAAGUAGCAGCACUAUAGUACCCUGGCCGUAACUUUUCCAUGUUCUGGGAAUGACCAGGAGGCUCAACAAGCUUUAAAAGUUUUUCCUAUAGAAAAAAUAUAUUAUCAGGUAAUUCAACCAUAAAUAGAAAGUAUCAAAAUUAUUAGAGGAAUCGUGGCUCAGCAUAGGGACCUUUUCCCUCGUCUAGGACAUAAUCGACUCGGGGUCAAAGACAGUGAGUGAACCUUGGUCAUCUGUAAUUACAGAAUGGCUUUUUUAUGAAAUUAUACACUCAUGAUCGUGUGCUCGUUUUGAAAGGUCCUAUUUUGUGGGCUUCAGAGUUCUUGCUCUUUCCAUGGCUUAGUGCCUCUCAGUGUUAUUAAGUUAGUGUGUCUCGGGGUUGGGGAUUUAGCUCAGUGGUAGAGCGCUUGCCUAGGAAGCGCAAGGCCCUGGGUUCGGUCCUCAGCUCCGAAAAAAAGAACCAAAAAAAAAAAAAGUUAGUGUGUCUCAUCAAUGAGGAAGUUAUCCAUACUGUUUUGGAGCAGUAAACGGGCCCUAAAAGCUGAACAGCUUUCCUCUCAUUUCAAGUCCAAAGUACUUCUUAAGGUCUCAUGGUUUUUCCAGGACUUAACAGGAUGUUUCAAACCCAUGAGACAGUGCCACCAAUAUUGGUCCAUGUCCUCUGUUUAGUGUGUGCUCUAAAUUCAUGAUGGAGCCGGAAAUGAGUUCAGUACCUGUGCUCUGUCUCCAUGAACUGUUUCAGAAAGGUUUCUGUGUUCCAUUUCCUUCCUACCAAAUUAGAAAUGAGAGCAUUGGCAUAAAUCCUUUUGUUCCUCCAACCAUUUUCAGUAAGAGAGAUUCUACAGCUCCUAGGAUAGUUGGAAUUAGGCUCAGAGGAAUGGAGGAGAAUUAUUGGCUGUUGUGACUAUUUUUAUUCUUUUUCAGAACAAAGGCUUAAUUUUUCUGAUUGACUAACAUGUUAACAACCGGAUAAUCAUCAAUAUUUAUUACAUGCUAUAAAGUAGUGUGGAGAUGAUGUGAGUUUCUGCAAUUUAGUGACCAUGAAAGUAUACUUACGUGCACUGUCUAACUAAAUUCUAAGUCAUGGUUAAUAGAAGACUUCAUUCAUAGUUUGAACAUUAAUGAUCUCCGUGGCUGAUGUUCAUUGUAUUUGGUUAAGUCAAUAUUUUGGGAAAUGAUUUAAACUGAAUGUUGUGGAGAUUGUAAUUUCUAUUCACAAUACUUGCCUUUCCAGCAGUUACUCAAGCCUUUGUGUGUUAUAAAAGCUUACUGAGUCACCAGGCAAUCUCUGUAAAAUCAACCUCAGAAUCUGUCCACUGUUAUCUUGAUGCUUGUAACAUUAACAUGAUCUAGAAGUUCAGUACAUAUGAAUAAAAUAGAUUAGAGAAGUGACUUGGAUUGAUCAGAGACAUGUUUCCAGUCACGUCAGGGCACUUAAGAAGCAGACAUCUAUUUAGGUAUUGAAUGAAUAAGUUCUUCCUGAAGUAAGGUGCACCUUGAAUAAAGGAUGUAAAGCAAGAGAAAAUUCACCAUGAGAAGAUUAUGAGAUUUCUCUUGAAGGCAGGGUCAGAUUAUGAUAUGUGAGACUAGCUCUGGAGGAUAGAGGCAGGCAGUGGUCUAGAAAUCAAGAGAUACACUUACGCAUGGGCCAGAGAUGAUCUAGAACCUUCAGGAGACUUUGAGGGCUAAUACAAAGUUGUAAAUUGGCACAUUAGAAGAAAACAUUUGAUGGUGCAUAUAGGAUGAGCUAGUAGAAAAUAGAACAGGCUUGAAGUGCCAGAAGUCGUUAAGGACUUUGGUUGCAAGUACAAACAUGAAAAAGAAGGCUGGGUGAAGAAUGUGCCAAUGAGGAAAAGGAUAUAAAGUCCGAGAUAAGAACUUGGUGAUUCAUCUGAUGCCAGGGAUCAUUUCUCUCUGUUUACUUUCUCUUACCGAUCUAAAAACUCCUUUCUUGUCCUCUUACAUGUAUGAUUUGUUUCUUCUGUAUAUUUCAUAUCAACUAUUUCUUCUGAGAGCUUUGAUUUUCAUAUAGUUAUUCUUAAAUUUGAACCCUCUAAUUGGGUCUGGUGACAUACACUUUUUAUCCAGUUACUUAAAAGACAGAAGGGAGGAGGAUUCCAAGAUCAAGGCUAGUGAGGGAAAUUUGACAAACUUUGUCUACUAUAAAUAGUUGAAAGUGGGCAGGGAAGCUGGAGAUGCAGCUUAGUGGGAGAGCACUUUCCUAACAUAGUCCAGGCCCUGGGUUUAGUCCUCACUACUAUGAACUGAAUCUUCUACUUACAAAGAACUCUCUUCUAUUAUUUAUCUACGUUCACUACUGGGAACAUUCUUCUUAGAGUAAAUAUUGGGCUAAGGAAUGAUUUGCAUUAUACUUAUUAUGUGUCAUGUCACUCCAGGGCAGAAUAACCUUUUUUUAGUGGAGGUUAACUGACUUUUCUGGCUCUAAAAUUCAGGCCAGCAUUGGUUUAUGAGUAAUUUUCAUUUGUUUCCUUUAUGCCUACAUCCGGAGAAGUAAGCUCCCUGUACUUUUUUUUCCCUUUUACACUUUCAAACAUAUGUGACAUACAUGUACAUUUGUGUGUGUGUGUGCAUAUGCAUUCAUGUGAAGCCUGUUCCUUGAUGACGAGAAUCACGUUCUAUUUGUCCCCCACCUUAUUGACUGAGACAGUUUCUCAGAUAACCCCUGAUCUCAGUGAUAUGGUUAAUCUUCCUCCCCAGCUUACUCUGAGGAUCUCUUAUCUCCCUAACACUAGAAGAACAGCUGGGCCACCACAUCCCCGGAGCUUUUUCUUGGGUUCUGGGGAUGCAGACGCCAUCACACUUGUGUGGCAAGUGAAUUAACCACUGAGCUGUCAUCGCAGCCACCUAAGAAAGAAACUCUGCAUUUCAAUUUGCUGUCUUUCUCUUAGCAUUUUAGCAGUCCUUUGGAUUCCUCUUUUACAGUGUCCUUUUUCCAUUCCUCAGGUUUAUGGUAUUGGGGGUGGAACCCAGCGCCUCAUUCAUGCCAGACAAGCAUUCUUCUACUAAAAGACACUGUCUGUCCACUAAGUUGAAAUAUCUAUGGUGUGUUGGUCAGGACAACUCUUUGGGAGUUGCUUCUCUCCGUCCACCUUGUGGGAUCUAAGGAUUGAACUGGGUCUACAUACAUUCACCUCCAUCAAGUGAGCCAUCUCCCAGGCCCCAGAUUAGUAAUAAACUGAUCCAGUGACUGAUUUAGCUCACUUAUGGAAGUUGGAGGACAAUUUUGUGGGGUUGAUUCUUUUACUCCACUAUGUGAGUUCCAGAGAUUUAACUUAUGUCGUCCAUCACGCUUGGAGGCAAACAGGCUAGCUGUUUCAUGGGCCGCCAUGUUAGUUUUAAGGUGUUUCUUUUCUCCUGCUUGACGGAUGCUGAUAUCCAUUUCAUGUUUCCCUUUUUUCUGCACUUCAUUUUUUCCCAUUUAGGUCUGCUAGAUUAAACAUUCUGUAAUACUGCUCAAGCGGGGGUGAUUUUGUCCUUGCUCUUCAAUGCCUGCUGCAGACAAUGCAGACAUAUUAAGUUGUCACUCGGUGUCACAUUUUGUUUCUCACUGUUCUCUCAACAUUCUCUAGUUAGUUCAGCUUCCCGAAAACAAAGUGAGUAAUUUCUUCUUAGUCACCUUGUCAUUUAACGUUUCUGUGCAUUUCUUUCUUUCUGCUUCGCCCACCUUUUCUUAGAGCAUGGAUCUUGCUAUAUUGUCCAGACUGGCCCAGAACUCAGCAUUCCUGGGAACUUCCUGAGCAACUCCAUAACGGGCCUACACCACUGUGCCUGGCUUACUUCCACUAUCCUGUCCCCAAAAUCCUGUGGAUUAAGGCCUUAGAUGUGGCUCAGUAGUAGACUGUUUACCCAGCAUGCAUUCAGCUCUGGGUCCUAACGCCAGCUUAAAAAAAAAUCCUGUAUUCUUUUUAAGGACUAGUAGCCAUGUAUUGGGAACUUUUACAUAUGAAUUAUAAGACUAUCAGGUUGUAAAUUCUAAGACUAAGGAGGAAUCAGACUCAAUUAGACACCAGGGUUAGGGACCAACCACAUCUUUCUCCUUAAUUUGUCCUUAUCUGUCACUGCCCCCAUCAGAACGCGUUUUGCAUAGCCCUUUGUACCUGUAGAUGCUUAUCACUCAAAGGAAACUUCUUCAGGGCCUAGAUUGACACAAUAGCAUGCAAACUCCCUGCUUUGUUUUGCUUGUUAUAUCGUGGGCAUGUACUCAUCAGAGGACAAAUGUAAUGUCUGUCAGAUUUACUAACAAGUGUUUCUAAAUGUAAUAAAAGGUGCAGACUUUUGUUAAAUUAGAUUGUUGGUACUCAGAAAUAACUUCACAUUUAGAAGUAUCAAAAGGAUAGGAUUAUGCAUACCUAGGACUCUGACAUCUUUAUUUCCUAAGGUAUUUAAAUGUAGGCAAACUCAAAAAAUCAGGCUUAAUUCAUGAUGUAUCUAACAAUACUAAAACCCCUAAUUGCCUAUGUAAGAACAGCUCAGGAAAAUAGGUUGAGAAUGUCACUUGGAAUGUCAGGGAAUACAUAUUCAUUCCCACACCAGGUACUCUUGCUUCUCUGACACGAAGACUUGGAUUUCUCCUUAGCCCUAUCAGACUUGAGAUGUGAUUUCUACUUGAUUUCUCAUUGGUCUCUAAUGGGAUCAGGAAGAACCCAGUUGAGAGUCUCUGGGGUAGAGACUCCUCCUGGUUUCAGAUUGCUUCACUGUCCCUAGGAGGAAAAUAUUUUACCAGCUUCAGAGACAAAGACACUGAGACAGUACAAAAUUGGAUAAAUUGCCUGGGCUCCCUACCAAGUCAGUAUGAGGCAGAAGGAAGACUUGUACCCAGGCCUGUCUAUCAUCAAUACCUAUACUCCUUGCAUAAACCAUGCUGCCUUGUGAAUAACAUUUCUCACUCUCCUUAGCUGAUCUUAGAAGUACUCUCACAGCUUUUCCCUGCUCUCUAUCUCGAAAGCACUUAUGUUGUCCUCUCUGAUUGUCUAAGAGAGUAUGCUGAUAAUGAAUGGGGUUAGUCAGACCUGGGUUCCAAUCCUGAUUCUGUCACUUAUUACCUAUGCGUGACCUUGGGCAAAUAAUUAACCUCUCAAAGCCUCAGUUUCUUCAUCUUUAAAAUGGGAAUAAUGUUUCACUUUGAUGUGCAGAUAAAGUGGCAUUGUAUAUACACCCUUUGCUCGACUAUGGUAGAGAUUCCUCCUCUGGUGGUGGUGAUCAUGGCUGCUGCUCUCCCUCUCAUUGGGUUGUAAUGAGUGCAGAAAUGACAAGUACAAUGAAGGCACUAUUGCUUCUGCUUCUCCUGUGUCUUUUAUACCCACUAGGAAACUAGAGGAACUGGUGGAUACCCUGAGCCACAAAGCUCUGAGAUAAAGUCCAUUUACAUUUAGUUGGUCUUCAAAUCUGGGGAGUCUAGACACUUUGGAGGAGGUGGGUGGCUAAAGGGUGAGAGAAAAAAACUCAAGGGGACUCUUGGAGACUUGGAAGGCUAGCUGAGAUGAGAGUGGCGUGAAAGGAAGGAGUAUAUGGAAGUGAAAGUAGAAAUAAACAAGAAGUAUCCCUGCUUCUGAAUAUUCACUCUCAGACCUGAAGCUGAGUUAUUCCAUGGACGCAGCCUUAGGACAAGGUAAGAACUGCGCAUGACAGUAGAUGGGUGAACAGGGAGAUGCAGCACCAGGCUUGGCUGGAGCCUCAGGCAGCUUCCUCCAGAGGGCACUGCCUAUGGUCAAGGCCUGGAGAAGGAUGUUUUGUUAGUGAUAAUCUCAGUGAACUGUUAUGGACAGGAGGUGUGACAAAGAACUUUGCAUGUGGGGAAUGGGUUUCAUUUUCAGUGUUCAUUGUUUGAAGGACUCAGAGCUGUUAAGCGCCUUUGUGUCUAGCAAGCUAGCAAGACCUAAUACUGAGCUGUUGCUAAUACUGUGAAUUAACUCUGAUCAUUGUCUAUCUGCCAAUGACUUUUCUCCUGCUCUGC